AGAAGUCUAAUGCCACUCUGAACCUAUCUUCGUUUUUGUUUUCUCUUCUUCUUGAAGUUCCCCUCUUGGUUGUCGCUCUCUUCCCCGCCCCUCAUCUUCGCGUCGCUCCUUGACAACGAGUGGUGUGUUCUGCGGCGCAGAAACCGGAACUUUAUUGUUUUUGAGUCAAGCGUUAAUCGGGACGCCAAUUUGACUUUUCUUAUUUCUUACCGGGUUGAAAUCUGCCUUCCCCGUCAUCUGCUUGCCGAAAAUCAGCAAAGGAGUCAGCUGUCUGCCCACAAGGGCCGCGACUUUUCCGUUUUUCCAGAUAAUUGACCUCGGCCGUUUUUCUGCAGUUGAAGGAGGAGAACCCAAUUCCUUUAAACCGCAACGCCGACUCUCGCCUUCCCGGCAGCAAAAGUCUGUUUCGCCGCUGUUUCUCGGCGAAGUCGGUUUGUCGAGGACAGAGACGCCAUUUUCUCUUUCUUUUGCGUAUCCCUCCAGUGUGCUUCUCACGCGCGACCGAAGACCCAUCUUUCUUCGCGACUCUCUCCACAGCAUUCUUCGAGGAGAACGAAUCUUAUGAACGCAUCCUGCGCGGCACUCUGGUCACUUGGCUCUUCUAGGAUGGCGACGCGUGCACAAUUUGAGUCGAGCAACGAAGUGGGUGUUUUCGCGAAGCUCACCAAUUCGUACUGUCUCGUUGCUCUUGGAGGCUCGGAGCACUUUUACAGCACUCUCGAGGCGGAGUUGGCUCCGCAUAUCCCCGUCGUCCAUGCCACUGUUGGCGGCACUCGAGUGAUUGGGCGAGUCUGCGUAGGCAACCGGCGCGGCUUAAUCGUCCCGUCGAUCACGACGGACCAGGAGCUUCAGCACUUGCGGAACUCGCUGCCCGACUCUGUGGAGAUUCGUCGAGUCGAGGAGCGACUGUCUGCGCUGGGGAACAACGUCGCGUGCAACGACUACGUCGCUCUUCUCCAUACAGACAUGGACAAGGAAACGGAGGAAAUCGUGCAGGACGUGCUCGGCGUCGAAGCCUUUCGCGCGACCAUUGGCAAACAAACUCUCGUCGGCAGCUACUGCCACUUCACCAACCAAGGCGGCCUGGUGCACGUCAUGACGCCGGUCGAAGACAUGGAGGAACUCUCUCAGCUUCUUCAAGUGCCUCUGACUGCGGGAACCGUGAACCGCGGCUCUGACUUGGUUGGCGCAGGUCUGAUUGCGAACGACUGGGCAGCCUUCUGUGGCAUGGACACGACAGCGACAGAGCUUGCAGUGGUUGAAAGGAUCUUCAAAAUCGCGACGCGAAAUCAACAGAAACUGAACUUGGUGGACGACCUGACGCUUCGGUCCUCGCUCAUCGACACGCUGUCUUAAACGAGCGGUCAGGGGAGCAGCUCCUGUUUCGUUCGUUUUUGCGCAUAGCUCGGCUUGUGGCCAUUUUUACAGGUGCUCCCGUUGUUCUGGGGGGAUGCUUGUGGCUGCCUAAGUAUGCCCAAGUGUCCUAAAGAACUGGACACUGUUGCUUCUUGUGGUCUCCCUUCGGAGGCAGAAUGCGCGACGCCCAGUUCAGAUGGCCGUAAAACUGAGCUCAACUACCGUUGUUUUCCAAUCUCAUCGAAUUUAUCAGAUUGUUCUUCGUCUUCGCUCUUGCUUGUCACCCUCCUAUUCAUACGUGCACAAAUGUGUAAGUGUGUUUCUCCCUCCCUCUGUCUGUCCCUCUAUCCGUGUAUGUGUGUUUUGUGUUUGUGGAGGAAUCUGUGACUGUCACCAAGCGGCUCAGAAGGUGAACCGUCAUCUAUCUGUUUGCAUUCUUCUGUGUAGACUAGAUUUUUGCCUUUCGAAGCGGAAGAGAACGCAUGCACUGUUUCUCUCUUUUAGGUUAUCAUCUGAUUAAUUCUGUAUAUUCCCUUGCUUCUUCGCUGUCCGUGGAACGCGUUCUGGCGCACCCGCGGGCCAUUGUUGUGUCUCGCCGGGCGCGCAGACACCGAAAAAGUGGCAAUUUUUCUCACCCGAGUUCAGUCAGCACAAAGACGAGGAAAACCUCAGGGAUCGCAGACGGAAGUGCAUUCUUCGUGUGCCCAUCAGUCGGUCUCGAGAGGUGGAUCCAGGUGGGGAAGAACUUGACAUCGACCGUAGGGUCCAGAGUCGAUUCGCAGUAAUUUUGCACUUCGUCUUUCUUGUCUGGCCGCCUGCAUCCAAAAUAAUCUUUCCCGGUGGGCCCUUUGGCUGGAAAGCCUGUCGCCACCCUCUAAAAGAAAAAAGCGAGGGAGGGAACGGAGGAAAAAGAAGGCGAGUGAGGAAGGUUCAUCCACGGUGUCGCGUGUUGGUUGACUUUUUAGGAGAGCACGAUGUGUGAACACAUACGCAUACACAUACUCCUUGUAUGCAUUUCAUGGACAUGUGAAGACAUCAUGUUCUUUUUUCUACGGAGGCGGUGAUGCGGCGCAGUCAGCCGGUGUUGUGAGAUUUUUAUCACUGAGGGAGGCGCUCCAUUGAUUCACCGGUGAAUGCACAUAUUUCUUUGGGAAUAAAUACAUUACAGUAGGUGUCGGUGCUCGUCCAGGAGUGAUGCUUGUGGAUGUCUGUUUCCCGGUGAGACCUGGGAACCUCUCUCGGAUGUACGGCAGUUAGGUUCGAGUGGGCCGUCUUUCCGCCUAUGCUCUUCGCUUCUCUACGCUGGAAAGAGGCGGCACUAGUGUUCCUAGCCUUUCGUUUUGGUACGCCUCGGUACCCCUCGCAACACAAAUGCCGUCCUAUUGUGGAAAGUAGCUUUCGCCUGCAAAACGGCAUCUGGAAAUAACUCAGCAGUGAAUAGUGAAGUAGCAGUCGACAAACGGUCAGGAUAUUCACACCUCUGGGAAGAAAUAUGCAGAACCGAUACACUGCAAGAAAUUGGAUCCCUCCUCCUGAUUGGAAGGUGGUGACCUCUGGAGAACACAUGCAGUGCGAUAAACAGGCGACCAUAUGUAGGGUAAAUGUGUGGACACGAGACAUAAUCGCUCAGGGGUUGGUAGCUUCGUGGGGUACUGUCGUGGACUCAGACAGAGUCUGGGAGUGGUGGCAGGCAAGAAGCCAGUAGUUCCCCAUGAAAAGCGCAGGCUUGUUUCUUUUUCCGGGUGCCAGCACCCCGCUAGAUUGACUUUAUCGCGGACACAAAUGCCGCUUGUGGUGCCGUGUCUGGUUGCGAAUGGGAAUUGAGAGUCAGGAAAAAUAGCUUUGUAACACAUUCUACGCCCACACAAAAAGAUGUCGAGUUGUAACGUUGUGACAGAAGAGCCUGCAGUAAUCUAUAGAGAUCUCGAUAAGGAUCUCGCCCAUAUCACCCAGUAGAAAAAAAGUGCGUCUUUCAAUGGUCCUAGAUAUGCCAUUUUGUACAAAAGCAUCCAAAUGCAGAGUCAAUAGAUCCAGAUCAACUUCGUUUCGGUGACAGAAAUCACGCUUGACAUCAGAUUAGAUCUCUCCGCCAUUGACUUUGCAGCGGCUCAGUGGUAAAAACGUGUAGGGCUGGUGUAUAUUUCCCCAUAAAUCAUGGGCUAGGACGUUCUCUCCACGUCCAAAGCACAUAUCUCAGAGGCAGCCAUACCACCUGCACGGCAAUGAGGAAUUCCCGCUCCUACGGUGCAGGUCAGUCGAAGGACAGAAAUCGAUCUCAGUGAAUUGCGCUGCGUUCCGUAAUGUUGGGAGUGACUGGCGUUUUGAGCCCGAUCUGUCCGCUGGCUGCCUCAAUAUUUU